AAAUAGUCGGAGAGAACAGACGAGAGAGACCGAACGGAGACGAAAACCGAGUGCGCAAAUAACUCGUGGCGGCGGCGGGUGCCUGCGUUUCCUAAUAGGUGUCCGUUUCAAAUAAUAUCAAAGCAAGAAGUUUCACUUUCCACAGGCGGAUGGGUGACUAUCGCUCUCGGCGGCGCUUUGUGAGGAGGAGAUGAUGAAGAAUUUCAGCAACAGUCCCCUUCACAAUAACCAGGCUCCAAACCACAUUAGAGAUUGGAACAACAAAAAGUUCGGUUUUCUCUCGGCGGUUCUGUUGCGUUUUUCCCUGCGAGGUUAUGGUUUUUGCAUGGCUAGUCUAUUCAUCUUCUGUUUUGGGUCUCUGUUUUACCAGUUGAACGGAGGACCCCCCAACAUUCUCCUGGACAUCCGACAGUAUCUCGGAGAAUCCACAUAUCUCGAUGACCACGGACCCCCAGCUCCCCGUGUGCUGCCAUUCCCCAGUCAGGUGGUGUAUAAUCGUGUGGGGAAGUGUGGCAGCAGGACGGUAGUCAUCCUACUAAGGUUAUUGGCAGAGAGACAUCAGUUCAACCUGGUCUCCUCAGACAUCCACAACAAGACACGCCUCACCAAACAUGAACAGGUGGACCUUAUGAGGAACAUCAGCAACAUCCCCCAGCCUUUCCUGUACACCAGACAUGUCCACUUUCUCAACUUCACCCGGUUCAGGAUAGAGCAGCCCGUCUACAUCAACAUCAUACGGGACCCCAUUAACCGUUUCCUCUCCAACUACUUCUUCCGACGUUUCGGGGACUGGAGGGGGGAGCAGAAUCACCUCAUCCGAACACCAGGGAUGAAAGGUGACGAGAGAUACCUGGACAUCAAUGUGUGCAUCCUGGAGAAUUACCCAGAAUGCUCCAACCCCAGACUCUUCUACAUCAUCCCAUAUUUCUGUGGACAGCACCCCCAGUGCAGGGAGCCGGGACAAUGGGCACUGGAGAGGGCCAAACAGAACGUUCUAGAGAACUUCCUUAUCGUGGGGAUCCUAGAGGAGCUGGAAGAUGUCCUGCUUCUUCUAGAGAGACUGUUACCUCACUACUUUACUGACGUACUCAACAUCUACAAGAGCCCAGACUACAGGAAGAUGGGGAACAUGACUGGUACGGUGCGUAAACACACGCCCACUCUGGAGGCCCUUCAGGUUCUGUACCACCGCAUGCGCUACGAGUACGACUUCUACAACUUCAUCCGAGACCAGUUCCACUUGAUGAAGAAGAAGAUUGGCCUCAAGUCGGUCUCCCGACCACCUUCCCACCAGGCCUCCUUCCUAAGAGACCUCUCCCUCCGAACCCCAGAGCCCCUGGAUGAAGACGAGGAGCUGGAGACCGACCUGGAGGACGCCAACAGCUGGUUGGUCCAGCCCUGACCAAUGCCGUGGUGACUGAGGACUUUACUUGCGUCUGGUUGGCUGGAGGUGGCAUGAUAAAGGGGCGGGGGAUGUGCCCUGUCUGUCAGCAUUCCCAGGAGGACGAUUGGUUGGGGGUGUGUGGAUCCUGAUGCCUGUGUUUUUACGGGCUACAUAUUCCGUUCAUCUCGGACUCUCUACUCAUUGCUGAGAACCUUAGGAGUGGGCUCUGACUCUCUGCUACCACUGAGGACCUUGGGAGUGGGCUCUGACUCUCUGCUACCACUGAGGACCUUGGGAGUGGGCUCUGACUCUCUGCUACCACUGAGGACCUUGGGAGUGGGCUCUGACUCUCUGCUACCACUGAGGACCUUGGGAGUGGGCUCGGACUCUCUGCUCACCGCUGAGGACCUUGGGAGUGGGCUCGGACUCUCUGCUCACCGCUGAGGACCUUGGGAGUGGACUCGGACUCUCUGCUCACCGCUGAGGACCUUGGGAGUGGGCUCGGACUCUGCUCACCGCUGAGGACCUUGGGAGUGGACUCGGACUCUCUGCUCACCGCUGAGGACCUUGGGAGUGGGCUCGGACUCUCUGCUCACCGCUGAGGACCUUCGUUGUGGGUGGAUGGAUGGAUGGAUGGACGAACCGCUAUAUUUAAAGAUUGACUAGAAUAAUGGGUGGGGGGUUACUUUAAAAAGCUCACUUUGCUUGUUUUAUUUUUGUUUUGUUGGUUUGAGGGCGUCCUGUUUGGGGUAUCUCCGGGUGAGAUAAGACAAAAGGGAUUUGGACCUAUGAACUCAUUAAGAAACAUUUUACAUGUUGAGGGGAGGGCUGCAUCUUAGGAUCAGGAAAAAUUCAAAGACACCAACAUAGGUGCAGGGAUGAUGGGGGGGAAGGAGCGUGUUGAGGUGUGAGAGAGCAGGGACGAGACGGGGAUGAAAUUGUAGGGGUUGUGUGUAACAGGUCUACUUUUAGUGCUUGACCACUCCGUCUCUCCCUGUCUCUCCCAGCCUCCUUUUCUCUCCCUUUCUUUUCCCCUUAUUUUCUCUCUCUCCCUCACACUCUGCCUGUUUUAAGGGCCCUUGUUUUCAAAGUGUGAUUCAAAGUGCCAAACCGUCAAAUGGUGUGUCAUAGUCAUAAACUUCUCUAAGUGCCAAACCUAACCAAGUGGGGUCAGACACCUUCUGUUCCUAGAAACCCUGUUUGGGAGGAUCCUCUGAUCACAGUGGGAGUGGGAGUGGGAGUGGGAGUGGGGGGCCCAAAUGUGAUAGUGUCUAUGCAUGACAGAAUCAGUUUACUUUGUUUAAUAGAUGUCGAUAUGAUGAAAGGGUCAAAUGGCAGGAAGAGCACUCAACUAUGAAUUCAAAGAAUUCCAACUGUGUGUCUACGAUUGGAUUUGACAACAACAUUUGUCAAACUGAAAAUGUAUGAAGAAAGGUUGAAUAUUUUGGUACAUAACUUGGGAAAUAUUAAGAAACGUAUGAUGUUGAUUGGUGAAAAUGUAUGUUUUUCCUCAAAUGUUGACAUCUCCAUUGGAAUAGAAAAUAUGAUGUUUGACUUCCUUCAACAACAACAAAAAAUCUAAUAAAAAUAUUAUUUCAAA